AUGAAAUAUGAAUUCUUGAGAAGGUACCUUUGUCUAAUUGAUUAUUAUGAAUCUCAAAUUAGUCAGAUUAAAAAGGAGCUGAGUAAGUUGAACCAAUUUAUUUUUCCCAAUAGGCAAUAUAAAAAAGAUGAAGACGAGGUGCAGAGAGAAGUAAAAAACAAUGAAGAGUUCUUAAAUCUAGAUGCUACUCCUAAUUACAAAGCACUGCUCACGUCUUUCCAGAAGCAACUCACUGAAACAAAAGCCAAGAACGAACAGCUUUUGCUUGAAAAUAUAAAUCUCAAAAAAGAUUUGGAAAUAAGGCCAACUGCACAGGAAUUAAAAUUUUACAAGCACCAAGUGAAGAAACUACAGAAAACUUUAAAGAAAACUAGCCAAUUUUCAGGGAGCAGGACUGGAGAAAAAAAAGAAGAAAAGAAAGACUCUGGGAAAAUUGCAGGAGUGGAUCAGCUGCAGGCAGCUUGCCAGCAAUACUUGCAGGUUUUGUCCCGUAUUGAUUCUAUUUUGCAAAGCCCAAGAGCUCCUCCAUUAAUAUUCUGGCCCAGCAAAGGGCCAGUGCAAAAUUACAUGAAAGAGAAUGGACAGGGAUGUGGAUUUGAGCACCUUCCACUCACUAUAGAAAUGUGGGCAGAUCAGCUCAUAGCCCUAAAGGAUUUGCAUAGGUCCUUGAGAAAACUGUCUCUGGAAUUGCUGCCUUGGAACACUAAAGAUCCACUGGAAAACAGAGAAUCCAUACGAGUUGAAGACCUCCAGUUGAUAGUAGAUGCAAUUUUGGAAGAAUUAGAACACAAGGAAAAGGACAGCCAGACACAGUCCUUGCAAACCCUGUCUGCCAUAGUCUCUCACUUCCAGAAGUUGUUUGAUGUGAAUUCACUGAGUGGUGUUUAUCCACGAAUGAAUGAGGUUUACACAAAGCUGGGGGAAAUGACCAAUGCCAUGAGGAAUCUCCAUGAGCUCCUGGAACUAGACAGUUCAGCUCCACCCACUGUGGUAGUGGAUACUGUUGGGAAACUGUGUGACAUCAUUAAUAAGAACGUGACUGAGCAGGUACAGCGGCUUCUGGGCACCCAAGACAUCCACAGUAUCAUCAAUAAGCUUGAAGAACAUGAGUGCUUCUUUCCACCCUUUCAAGCUCUCAUUCAAGAUUUGCUGUGUCUUCUAGAGAUCAGUAAUGUGGAUGAUAUUUUACCUGCAGUGCAACACCUGAAAUGGGGAGCUGGUUAGGGGUGACUCUGCUCUUCCUGACCAAGAUUUCUCUUACCUGUGAAUGUAUCUGUUGAUGCACAUGACAUUGCAGCUACCUCCAAGCACUGUUAUCCCAAGCAAUUCCAGAUUUUUUAACAUAAAUAAAAGAUACUGCA